UCUCCUCUCCAAAGUCUUCUUUCCGAUCCCCAAAUCCUGCUGAUUACCUAGCAUCUGGCCAAAUCAUAGGUUAGGUCAUAACACAUCAUCAAAGUGUUGACGCUGCAGGCUAGGCAGGCUGAGAUCGUCGUCGAUCUUCCUCGAAGCUCGCGAGCGCAAGAUCUCAUCGGUCUCUGCUCACCGGCCGCCUGCUUCUACAGGAUUAGUUGACUACUUCGCUUCCGCCGCGGUACUGGAGUGUGGUAUUCAUUGCGAAUGGAUGGCAAAAUUAGUAUCAGAUACAAGGUUGACCUGGAGCGCAUGCUGCUUAAUGGAAGUGCACAGCCAACACACAUGCAGUUAUCGCUUUUAGAAGAUAUCACAGACUGUUUCUCCGAUGAUCAGCAAAUUGGUAGCGGUGGGUUUGCGGUAUUGGAGUGUGGUAUUCAUUGCGAAUGGAUGGCAAAAUUAGUAUCAGAUACAAGGUUGACCUGGAGCGCAUGCUGCUUAAUGGAAGUGCACAGCCAACACACAUGCAGUUAUCGCUUUUAGAAGAUAUCACAGACUGUUUCUCCGAUGAUCAGCAAAUUGGUAGCGGUGGGUUUGCGGUACUGGAGUGUGGUAUUCAUUGCGAAUGGAUGGCAAAAUUAGUAUCAGAUACAAGGUUGACCUGGAGCGCAUGCUGCUUAAUGGAAGUGCACAGCCAACACACAUGCAGUUAUCGCUUUUAGAAGAUAUCACAGACUGUUUCUCCGAUGAUCAGCAAAUUGGUAGCGGUGGGUUUGCGGUGGUUUAUAAGGGAAUAGUGGGAAAACGAAUGGUUGCUGUGAAGAAGUUGUCCCAAACACUUGAUAUGCAUGAGAAUAAAUUUCACAAAGAGGUUGAGUGCCUGAUGAAGGCCAAGCACAAGAAUAUAGUGCGGUUCCUAGGAUAUUGUUCUGACACGCAAGGGAGGAUUGCGGAUUAUGAGGGUAAGUUUGUGAUGGCAGAUCUGCGGAACUGGUUACUAUGUUUCGAGUAUGUACCAAAUGGAAGUCUCGAUAAGUAUAUUACAGAUGCAUCUGGUGAUCUUGAAUGGGGUGAGCGCUACCAGAUAAUCAAGGGAAUAUGUGAAGGCUUACUUCAUCUUCACGAGAGGCAUAUCCUCCACUUAGAUCUAAAGCCGGGUAAUAUAUUGAUUGAUGAUCGGAUGACACCCAAAAUUGCUGAUUUUGGUCUAUCAAGGUGCUUGGAUAAAGACCAAACACGAGCUUUUACUUCACACCUAUGUGGAUCACAGGGAUAUCUGGCUCCUGAAUUCUACAGAGGUCAAGUCGCAUUUGCCUCAGACAUAUACAGUCUUGGCGUUAUAAUCAUGGAGAUUUUAACAGGAGAGAAGGGGUAUCAAGAAGAUGAGAAUAUAGUUGAAAAUUGGAUGAAUCGAUUGGAGGCAUCAGAUAAUUUGGAGACACGGUUGGAUCAAGUAAGAGUAUGCACUAAGAUAGGGAUAGAGUGUAUGGACUUGGACCCGAAGAAGAGACCAACUGCCCGCCGUAUAAACGAUAGGCUUGAUAAAACGACAAGUGUCACCGAAGCUGGUAUCAGUAGUUCAUCAGUCGAACAACAAGUUAGUUUCCUAAAGGAACAAUAUUGCCAAGACAGAAUUACAAAGCUUUCAUCUGAGUACCCUGGAAAGGACAUCAAGCAUGGGACGCCUACAGAAGAUCAGUGGCUGCAAGGUCGAGAAGGAGCUUCAGAUGAUCAAUGGUCAUUAUGUGGAGCGCGAGAUACAAAGCAAAAUGUCAUUCCACAAGGUGCAAGUAUUUCUAGCUCUAACCGUGGUGUGCUCUACAAGUUGAACAAUUUAGACAUUUACGACACAAAAGCUCGCAAGAAUUACGUGAGGUUGGGCGGUCCUAUAUUGGAAAAUAUAAAAUGUGUGAAACUUUUCAAAAAGGGGGAGCUCAAGCCAAUUUUGAAGGAUAAUAAUUUUAUUAGAAAAGAUGGCUUUGGAGAAGUUUACAAGGGUCUUGUUGAUAACGUACCAGUCACGGUAAUCAAGCUGAUUAGUGACAAUGUGAUAAAGAAUGGAGGUUUUGCAAAUGAAGUCAUCAUGCAAUGUCGAGUCAUUCACAAAAACAUUGUUAGGCUCAUAGGUUGCUGCCUUGAAUUUGAUGCCCCGGUCCUAGUCUAUGAGUUUUUCUCCACAGUUAGCCUUCAUGACAUUCUUCACAUCAACAUCAAGCUGCCUCUCAACUUGAGUGUGCGAUCAAGUAUUGCUGCAGCAUUAGCAGAUGCUCUAGCAUAUAUGCAUUCAGUGCCCGGCACCCAAAUUUUACACGGUGAUCUUAAACCAGCAAAUAUACUAUUCGAUGACAAACUCUUCAAUGGCAACUUCGUGCCUAAGGUCUCCGGCUUUGGCAUGUCAAGGAUAAUUGCGAGAGAUAUCAUUGGUGACAUGACUUAUAUGGAUUCAAUAUACCUACAAAAAGGCUAUCUGACGGAACAAAGGGAUGUAUAUAGUUUUGGAGUUAUCGUCUUGGAACUUCUUACUCGGAGGAAGGCUAUACAUGCUGACCAUAACAGCUUAGUGAGGAUUUUCCUUGAGAAUCACAAGAAGGGUAGGAAAUCAACAGGGCUAUUUGAUAAGGAAAUUGCACUGAAAGGAGAUUUGGGACUUCUUGACAUGCUGGUAGAAAUUGCCGUCAAAUGUCUUGACGAUGAUGUGGUUAUAAGACCGUCAAUGGUAGAUGUUGCAAAGCGCCUUUCUAUACUGGAUCGAUCCCUUAAAUCGGGGGAUGCUAGGACAAAUAGUCGUCAGUAUGACUCGGAUGCUAGGACAAAUAGUCGCCAGUAUGACAUGAGACGAUCCCAUAGUGAUGAAUGAUCCCGUAGGACAAAUAGUCCUAG